CAGUAAAGGCUGAAGGUCAUCCUCGCGGGCCGCCAUUGGCCGGGCGGCUGUCACCCAUGGAGGCUCCGACGCCAGCGAGGCGGAGAGAAGACAAGCCGAAGAGGAGCUCCCGUUAGCGGCUUCGUCCUAGCUCGUCUCCCCUCGCGCCCAAACAGCCGCGUUGGCGACAUUGACGUCCAUUUGACGUCUUUUAGGACGUCUGGCAGCCGCCACAUCUGCUUCUUCCGGAGCGGAUCCUGGAGACUCUGCACCCGCCUUUGGCCCACCGCAGGCGGCUCUCGGAUGACUGAACGCCGGCUGGACCUGGUUGUUCUUCUCCCUCCUAUUAUUAUUGUUAUUAUUGACAUUGUUGACCAUGUCGGAGCCGAGAAGACGUCUGCAUGUUGUCAAGUGAGGCAGAAAGUCAACAUUGUUGCAGUGUGUGUAAUGUGUGUGGUGUGUGCGCAUGCGUGGCGGCCUACGUCAAGUUGAGGUGAGAAAGAAGAGAUGCCAGGGGAGAGUACCAGAGUCCAGAGUCCAGCCAAGUUGGGACUGAAGAUGGAGAUGAAGAUGAAGGAGGAGGAGGAGGUGGUGUGACAAUUGCAAAUCUAUUCUUCAUGUCUGUGUGGGGAGCAGCAGUGGUGUUGUCACGGCCCAGAUGACACACAAGUCCUUCUACAUCUCAGCCAUGGAGUCGCACUAGCAGCCUGAAGCAUGGGCUGUGCCUCCAGUAUCCACAUCUCUGACAGGGUGGUCUACCACACGGGGAAGGAGUCCGAGGACUCACCCUCGCCCCAGCAAGGAAAUCCUGUCUCGGGUCUGCCUGUUAAAGCCCUGAGCUGCAAGAGCAUGUUGACACAGGUGCAGUUUGGACCAAUGAAGUUACUUCAAGACUCACUUCAGGUACUUUUAGUUUUUGCCAAAGAGGACAGUCAGAGCAGCGCCUUCUGCUGGGCGUGUGAGCGAGCCAACUACAGCUGCAGCCUGGCACGCACGCCCGAGUCCGCCCUCCAGUGCUUCGCCCAAAAACACCACCACCUCGUCCUCAUCGACCACCGACAUUCCAGACACUUUGACGCUGAAGCACUGUGCCGGUCCAUGAGAGCACUCAGCUGUGCAGAAAACACUGUGAUGGUGGCCGUAGUCAGGAGGCCAGACAGAGAGGAAGUGUCCAUCAUGCCUCUGAUCACUGCUGGCUUUAACAGGAGGUAUGUGGAGAAUGCCAACAUGAUGACUUGUUACAACGAGCUGCUGCAGCUGCAACAUGGAGAGCUGCUGGCACACUUUAAACUCAGGGCUGCAACAUCUAUCUUCACAGCUCUGGAACAAAGUCAGGAGGCCAUUCAGAUCAUUUCUGAAGAUCAAGUCAUUCAGUAUGUGAACCCUGCCUACGAGUCCAUGAUGGGCUACCAGCAACAUGAACUCAUUGGGAAGGAAAUAAUAGAAGUGCCUAAAAGUGACAAGAACAAACCUGAUCUCCUUGAAACCAUAAACUCCUGCAUCCACAAAGGAAAGGAGUGGCAGGGUGUGUAUUAUGCCAAAAAGAAGGAUGGAGAGAGCAUCCAACAAAAUGUGAAGAUCACACCUGUGCUGAGGACAGGGAGGGUAAGUCACAUGAUCACACCUGUGCUGGGACAGGGAGGGAGGCUGCGUGCGGGCGCCAGACGAGCGUCUCCACAGCAAGCGAAGAGGCUGAGCUUCAGCAGGCUGCUGGAGCUGGAGCAGCAGGCGGCUGGGCUGCAGGUUGAGCAAGAGCAAGCGGCUGGGCUGGAUGUAGGACAGGCGGUGGUGGCCGUGCAGGAGGUGGCAGCCUGGCUGGACAUAGGACUGGGGGCGGUGGCCAUACGGGAGAUGGCAGCCUGGCUGGACAUAGGACUGGGGGCGGUGGCCAUACGGGAGAUGGCAGCCUGGCUGGAUGUAGGACUGGGGGCGGUGGCCAUGCGGGAGGUGGCAGCCUGGCUGGAUGUAGGACUGGGGGCGGUGGGCAUGCGGGAGGUGGCAGCCUGGCUGGAUGUAGGACAGGCGGUGGUGGCCGUGCAGGAGGUGGCAGCCUGGCUGGACGUAGGACUGGGGGCGGUGGCCAUGCGGGAGGUGGCAGCCUGGCUGGGCGUAGGACUGGGGGCGGUGGCCAUGCGGGAGGAGGAGGUGGAGGUGACGGGGACCUUCAAGCAGGUGAAGGUGCAGCUGGUGGAGCAGAAUUAUGAUCCAAGUCGUGUUUCUGAUCCAUUGUUCAUCCUGGAUGAUAAGCACAAGAGUUUUGUUCCUCUCACUCAUCACGUCUACACCGCCAUCAUAUCAGGACUUAUCAAACUAUAA